AUGGUGCUGCUGCUGGUCAUCCUCAUCCCGGUGUUGGUGAGUUCGGCGGGAACAUCGGCGCACUACGAAAUGCUGGGCACCUGCCGCAUGGUCUGCGACCCCUACGGCGGAACCAAGGUGCCCAGCACGGCGGCCACACCCGACCGCGGCCUCAUGCAGUCGCUGCCCACCUUCAUCCAAGGCCCCAAGGGUGAGGCCGGCCGGCCGGGUAAAGCCGGGCCUCGGGGGCCCCCGGGGGAACCAGGUCCGCCGGGGCCGGUGGGUCCGCCAGGAGAGAAAGGCGAACCCGGGCGCCAGGGUCUACCUGGCCCGCCGGGAGCUCCGGGCUUGAACGCGGCCGGGGCGAUCAGUGCCGCCACUUACAGCACGGUGCCCAAGAUCGCCUUCUACGCGGGCCUGAAGCGCCAGCACGAGGGUUACGAGGUCCUGAAGUUCGACGACGUCGUCACUAACCUGGGGAACCAUUACGAUCCGACGACCGGCAAGUUCACCUGCUCCAUCCCGGGCAUCUAUUUCUUCACCUACCACGUGCUCAUGCGGGGCGGCGAUGGCACCAGCAUGUGGGCUGACCUCUGCAAGAAUAACCAGGUGCGAGCUAGUGCCAUCGCACAAGAUGCAGAUCAAAACUAUGAUUAUGCCAGCAACAGCGUGGUCCUACAUUUGGAACCAGGAGAUGAAGUCUAUAUAAAAUUAGAUGGUGGAAAAGCACAUGGAGGAAACAACAACAAAUACAGCACAUUUUCUGGAUUUAUAAUUUAUGCUGACUGAUAUUAAACACAAACUAAAUGACCUUCUAAUGAUCAAUUCUCUUGGCAAAAAUAAAAGGAUGAAAAAAGCCCAAGGGAUAUUGGUCAUAGACUCUUCAGGAGUGAAGCCAAAUGCUACCUAACCCAUAUCUGUACAACCCAGAGAAAGAUGUUUAAAAAAUUAGAACCAGUGUAAGAGGUGUGUGAUCUAUCACCAAAGCAAAAUAGUCCUUGUUGUUAAUGUUCAUGUGAAUGAAUUCUAUAUAAAUCACAAUUUUUUAUAGAGAGAAAGAAAAAAGAGCACCAAAUUACUUCUUCAGCAUAUGUAGUAUCCUUGGUGUGCUAUGAUUUCAUGCUGCUUUUCUUCAUCCAUCAGCUUUGGUGCUUAUGACUUGUCUGCUAACUAUGAGCCAAUUCUGAGUAUAUAGUGAAGAAUGUUUUUCAAUAAAAGGGAGAUGUAAGAGAAAUUCUACUGUUCCUGCCAAGGGAUAUAUUUGCCUAAUAUUUCUGUUCCUUGGCUAUUUAGAAAUAGGAAACAGGGCUCCUUCAAAGCUUAGCUCUAAUGUUGUUGUACUUAGAUGAAAAUACAACUACAGCACAAUUGUCUCAUUUUCUGUUAUUGCUUCAAUAUUAUGCAAUUGUUAAUAUUAUGUAAUUCCUUACAGGCAUACUCCCCUCUAGAACCAGGAGGAUUGUCCCAUUUAGUUUGAUAGAGUAAGAACAUAUUCAAGAAUAUGAAUAUGAAGUAAAUGGCCAGAUUUCUGUAUGCAAAGCAAGAGUCAGAAACAAUAAUAAAACAAUUGCAUUCCAUGAAAACAAAAUAUGAAAUUAAAAAAACAGCAACCCUAUAUUCUGGGACUAGGAGUGUUGGCGGUAUUAUUUCUAAUAUUUAUUAAGAAUAUAAUUUUAUUACUGUUUAAGAAAUUAAAAGGGAUAGAAUUCAUGAUGUAGAUACUCAGGAGCAGCAGUUUGCUACAAGUUAAAUGUUGAAUGUUGGGCAUCAUAAGUUACAACAGAGUAGAAAAAUAUUUCAGUUUUCUUGCUGCAUACUAAAAGAAUUUAGUAGCUUUUUUUCAACACCUUUCAAAUCUCAUACUACGUGCCAUUUACAAUUACAGUCCUAUGCAAACUUCACCCCAGUGGUGGAGCAGUGAUAUAAUAUAGGUAGUUAUGGAUAUAACUGAAUAGACGGGCUUUUAAAAUCUAAUUUGCACCUGCUAAUUUUGCCCAUCUUAGCACUUCAGGAAGCAUCCCACAUAGAGUUAGCUGUAUAAGCUGAUGGUGGGGUGGGGUACAGCUUGCAGCACAAUCCUAUGCAGAUCUGCUCAGAAGUAAACUGCUUUAAUGGUAGUAUAUAUGUGGUGUUUUGUUCUAUUGUAUCAAAAGAAAUGCCACAUAAACUCCAUGAUGCUAUCAAGUAUCUUUGGGGCUUUGAUCUGAAGAUUUGUCAAAUAUUAUAAUAGUUUAUAAUAUAAUAAUCUUGCUCACAAUCUGUUAAUACUAUAUAAUAGUUACACACUACAUUUCAUAAAGAAAGGUUAUCUAAAAAUGAAUAAUCUCCAGCAAAUAAUACAAUAGGUUUUUAAUUAUUCUUUUAACUUAAAUAUCAAGUUUUUAUAUAUUAAAAACUUAUUGUCUAUAAUUAGGCUCUGAACUCAGUAAUGACACAUCUAGACUUAAUUUGUUUACCAACUUAACACAAAUUAACCUGUGAUUCAAAUAGGACUUACUUCUGAGUAUUUAUGUAGAGGAGUGCAUAUUUUAAGAUGCCAAACUUGUAAAUGUGAUCUUUCAUUAUCAGUCCAAUGCAAAGAGGUCUUAGGAGAAUAUGAAAUAGGAUUGUAUAUGUGUAUGUAUAAGGAGGUUUUCAAAUAUGGUUCAUUUAAGCCUAUUUUUGUGGAAUGAAGAGACUCAAUGAACUAUUUCAGUUAUAUUCCAUAAACAAUUUCCAUAUACUUAUUUAUGUAUAAUAUUCUUUAAAAUAACUGAAAAAGUUAAACUAUACUCUGAAAUUGAGUCCUCCAUCCAUGCAAUUUUCUUAAGCAAGAACAUGGCAGUCAUGCCUUCUCAGAUACCUGAAAAGAAAUGACAAGACGAACUAGGAAUGACAAAAUAGCAGUGUUUCAAUAUUUGAGGGGCUGCCACAAGGAUGAGAGGGUCAAUUUAGUCUCCAAAUCACCUGAUGGUAGGACAAAAAGUAAUGGAUAGAAACUAAUCAAGCAGAAAAGCAACCUAAAUCUA